ACAAGCAAACCUCUGGAAGCCUCUAGGCAGGCUUUCUCAGGCUCUCAAAAUUUAUCGGGCUUCUGGACACCCCUCUACGAUCCAGCCACUUCAUAGGGGGAUCUGAAGGACGCCGGCCAUGAGCAGCCCGAGCAGCUGGCGGCGGGCAGCCACCCUGAUGUUGGCUGCAGGCUGGACCCACUCGAGCCCUGCCGGCUUCCGGCUGCUGCUUCUCCAGCGAGCGCAAAACCAGCGCUUCAUGCCCGGCGCGCACGUCUUCCCGGGCGGCGUGCUGGACGCGGCCGACAGCUCGCUGGACUGGAUGAGUCUGUUCGCGCCUCGGCACACGCCGCCGCGCUUCGGCCUAGGCCCGGAGCCGCCUCGGCAACCCCCCUUUCCGGGGCUGUUCUACGGCGACGCGGACCCCGAGGCGCUGCCCGAUGACGUAGCACUGCGCAUCUGUGCCAUCCGCGAGACCUUCGAGGAGGCGGGGUUGCUGCUGCUGAGGCCGCGGGACUCGGCUCCAGCUUCUCAGGAGCCCAGUCUCGCGCUGUCACCUCCGGCCGGCCUGGCCGAAUGGCGCUCGCGGGUGCGCAGUGACCCACGCUGCUUCCUCCAGCUGUGCGCACACCUGGACUGCACGCCGGACAUCUGGGCGCUGCACGACUGGGGUGGCUGGCUCACGCCAUACGGGCGAGCCAGACGCCGCUACGACACCACCUUCCUCUUGUGCUGCCUGCGCGAGACCCCGCGCGUGGAGCCCGACCUGGCCGAGGUGGUGGGCUACAAGUGGUUGUCCCCAUCAGAGGCAACUGGAUGUUUCCUAUCAAAAGAAAUCUGGCUGGCACCACCACAGUUCUAUGAAGUGAGAAGACUUGAAAAAUUUGCCUCUCUCUCUGCUCUGUAUAAAUUUUGUUCAGAUCACCCAUUAGAAGUAGCUGAGAAAUGGCUGCCAAUAAUGUUUUUAACUUCUGAUGGCUCCAUCCUUCUUCUCCCAGGAGAUGAGCUGUAUGUGAAAGACUCAGACUUCUUAGAAAAGAAUAUGUCUACUGACAAAAAGACUGAAGAAAUCAUGAAGGAAGGCAAAGUAGUUAACCGAAUUGUGAUCCACAGUCCUCAUGUCUAUGAAAUCUACAUGACUCUUCUGUCAAAGAAUAAGCAUGUGUACCCUGGGAACUACAUCGUGAAUAAAAGCCGUACUGCCCACCUGUAAGCUGCGCUACUUAUGUACUGUUAGCGAAUAAUGAGGGUCAACUGAACCUGCCUAAAAUCUAAGGAAUGUGCCCAUAAAAGUCACAACGAGGUGUUUCCUGUGUCACCUGCGUUUUGGGAGCCUCUGCCAUUUGUCAAAUUGUACAGCAAGCCAAAUAUAAAAUAUACGCAGUAUUAAAGCUCUUGUUGUCAAGAGAA